AUGGCGCGACAUGGAGCUUUACGUAGUAGUGAAAUUGAUCGUGAAAUUGAUUGUUAUAUUGACAAUGACGGAUUUAUUUUAAGUGAAUCUGAUGAUGAAAUCGGUUCUAAUCAUGUGGAAGAAGAGUGGAGGAUUGAUGGUGAUGAAGAAUUCAGCGACGACAACAAAAUGCAAGCGGACUCCCUCUGUUUGGGAUGCAGAGCACCUGCAUCCGAUAUGAAGGAGCAUCCACUCUUGCUCGGAUCGCUAUGCACAUUCUGUGUAAUGACAGCGAGCCAGAGCAGUAGGAUUUGGGCAGAACAGCAAGUCAGUGUUCCCUUACAGGAUGGACAAAAACCAGCAUUACGGGUGUUGUCCCUUUUUGAUGGCAUUUCUUCAGCAUUAGUCGUAUUAAAAAAACUACAUAUUGAAGUAGAAGUCUAUUUGGCUUCUGAAAUUGAUGAACAUGCCAUCAUAGUGAGUAAAAGAAACCAUGGAGAUGAUGUCACAAACAUUGGCUCAGUAGAAGGCAUCAUCCGGCAGACCAUAGAACAAUACCAGCCGAUACAUCUGAUUAUUGGGGGGUCACCUUGCAAUGAACUUAGUAAGGUUAACCACAAAAGAAAAGGAAUAUUUGAUAUGGAUGGAACCGGUCCUUUAUUUUUUGAAUUUUCAAGAAUAAAGAACCUUGUGGAAUGUGUACAGAAAACUCAAGCAUUCUUCCUGUAUGAGAAUGUUUCAACUAUGGCUACGCUCCAUAAAGACACCAUCUCUCGGUAUGUUGAGAUAGAGCCAAUUUGCGUGGAUUCGCAAAAUGUAUCUGCAAUGAAGAGGGCAAGAUUAUUUUGGGGAAAUAUUCCUGGAAUGGCUCAGGUGCCGCAAAGGCUGGAAAGGGCAAGCUGCAGCACAAGUCUGCAGGAUCAUUUGACACCAAAUCUGGAAAGAGAGGCUUGUGUUGAUAAAGUGCGUACAGUUACCACCAACAGAAACUCUCUAACAAAGAGUGACGGUACAUCACAAGUUACCAUGAAAGGUCAAGAUAGUACUCUCACGGUCAAUGAAAUAGAGAAGAUGUUUGGGUUUCCAGAACAUUACACAGAUGUCAUGAAUUUCAACGCAAACAUUCGUCAGAAGCUCCUUGGCAAGGCCUGGAGUGUUGAAGUGGUUUCAGCUCUGCUGGAACCACUAACUCAAUACUUCAGGGUAUCUGAAGUCGUAGAAGAAUAG